AUGAAUAAGAUGAAAACUUCAGACUUUAGUCCCAUGAGGAAAAGACAGAAAAGAAUGCAAAUUGCAGCUCCUCUGAGCAGCUACAAAAUAGAGUUUAAAGACAUAAUAAUUUUCAUUGUGGAGAGGAAAAUGGGAAUGACCAGGAGAAUGUUCCUGAUGGAUCUAGCAAGAAGAAAAGGCUUCCGAGUAGAAAAUGAGCUAAGUGAUUUGGUCACCCACGUUGUGGCUGAGAAUAAUUCCUGCUCUGAAAUCCUGAAAUGGCUGCAGAAACACAAUGUGGAGGACAGUUCAAGAUUCAGGAUUCUCGAUAUCAGGUGGUUGACAGCCUGCAUGGAAGUGGGAAGACCAGUGGAUUCGGAGAAAUAUCAACUUCCUGAAGAUGAAGAUCGUUCUGUUACUUCAGAUCUUGACAGAGAUUCCAUUUCUGAAUAUGCCUGCCAGAGAAGGACAACUUUAAAGAAUUAUAACCAAAAGUUCACGGAUGCUUUUGAAAUCCUGGCUGAAAACUAUGAAUUCAAUGAAAAUAAAGGGUUUUGCACUGCAUUUAGAAGAGCAGCUUCUGUGCUGAAGUGUCUUCCAUUCACUAUAGUUCAAGUACAUGAUAUCGAGGGAGUGCCCUGGAUGGGAAAACAAGUCAAAGGAAUUAUUGAGGAUAUAAUAGAAGAAGGGGAGAGUUCUAAAGUGAAAGCUGUGCUAGACAAUGAAAACUACAGAUCAGUUAAACUCUUUACUUCUGUUUUUGGAGUUGGACUGAAGACAUCAGACAAAUGGUACAGAAUGGGACUGCGAACUCUGGAAGAAGUAAAACGUGACAAGAACCUAAAAUUGACUAGAAUGCAGAAAGCAGGGUUCUUACACUAUGACGACCUUACUAGCUGUGUAUCUAAAGCAGAAGCAGAUGCAGCAAGUCUGAUCGUUCAAGAUGUAGUGUGGAAAAUUGUACCUAAUGCUAUUGUAACAAUAGCUGGUGGCUUCCGAAGGGGGAAACAGACUGGGCACGAUGUAGACUUUCUGAUUACUGUUCCAGGAUCAAAGCAGGAAGAAGAAGAACUGUUACACACAGUGAUUGACAUUUGGAAGAAACAGGAAUUGCUCUUAUAUUAUGAUCUUAUUGAAUCAACAUUUGAAGAUACAAAGUUGCCAAGCAGAAAGGUUGAUGCUUUAGAUCAUUUUCAGAAGUGCUUUGCAAUUUUAAAAGUGCAUAAGGAAAGAGAGGACAAAGGAAACUCCAUCAGAUCAAAGGCUUUUUCUGAAGAAGAAAUCAAAGAUUGGAAAGCAAUUCGUGUGGAUCUAGUUGUUGUCCCUUUUGAACAAUAUGCAUUUGCUCUAUUAGGGUGGACUGGAUCUACGCAAUUUGAACGUGAUCUGCGGAGAUAUGCCACCCAUGAGAAGAAAAUGAUGUUGGAUAAUCAUGCCUUAUAUGAUAAAACUAAGAAAAUUUUUCUGAAUGCUGCAAGUGAGGAAGAAAUUUUUGCACACCUUGGCUUGGAUUACCUUGAACCCUGGGAAAGAAAUGCCUAA